AUGGCAUUUUUUCAAUUUUUUCCAGAGAUAAACGACAGCGAGGGUCACCCAAGCAGCAGCCACCAAACCUUGAAAGGAACCUCAAAAUGGGCUGUAUCACUGGAGAACCUCCUCGAAGAUCCAGAAGGAGUGAAGCGAUUUCGGGAAUUUUUAAAGAAAGAAUUUAGUGAAGAAAACGUUUUGUUCUGGCUAGCAUGUGAAGAAUUUAAGAAAACACAGGGAAAAAAACAGAUGCAAGAAAAAGCUAAAGAAAUUUACAUGACUUUCCUGUCCAGUAAAGCUUCCUCCCAAGUCAAUGUUGAAGGGCAGUCCCGUUUGAAUGAGACCAUUUUGGAGACACCUCACCCUCUCAUGUUUCAGAAGCUCCAGGACCAGAUAUUCAAUCUCAUGAAAUAUGACAGCUACAGCCGCUUCUUAAAGUCAGACAUAUUCCUAAAUCAUAAGAAGUCUGAGGAGCAAGAGGAGAAUGCACCAGAGGCUCAGACUGCAGCUAAAAGAGCAUCAAGAAUUUACAACACAUGA